AUGACUGAGGAGAAGAGACCGCCCGCUUCUGCGGAUGCUGCCGACGAUUUGGACGACCUGGAUGGCAAGUAUCAGCGUGAUUGUGGUGCCUCAUCGAGUUGCACGUGCUGCGGUGCUGACAAAUUCUCUAUGUCUAUGUAUGCGCCCACUCAGAUGUGCUGGAUGACUUCAAUCAAGGCUCUUCGGCAGCUGCGUCCGCUUCGGGUCCUCAGCCUUCUUCUUCCGCACCACAGCCAGCAGCUGCACCGAGCACGACUGCCUCAGAUGCCAAACCUUCGGGUGACGACUCAGAAGCCGGAGCAGAGGAGAAUGAUGAUGACAUUUUCGAGGGAGACUUUGCGAAAGAGUUGGCUCAGGGGAUGGAGGCCUUGAUGCGAGAAUUGGGCGGCGCUGGUCCAGGAGCAGGUGGGACGGACACCCAGUCAGGUCAACUACCGGCGGGCGCCAGCGGGCCUGUUCCUCCGCCCGGUGCAGAUGGUGCUCAACCGCAGUAUAGCGAGGAAGAGAUGAUGAAGCAGUUCGAAGCUAUGAUGCAAGAGAUGGGCUUGGGAGGGCCGCCCGAUGGUGCCCCUGCCGCAUCAGGUGCGGGUGGCGCUGGCAGCACUUCAACCGGCGGAGCAGCUGGUCCACCCCCGGCAAACUUCCAGGAUGCCAUUCGACAAACCAUGGAUCGACUCAAAAACUCUGACACUUCCGCUUCGUCUGCUACGGGUGCCGGAGGAGGCCUUGGAGGGAUGGGAGAGGCCGAUCUGGAGAAGCUUAUGGCUGCAUUGAGCGGCGGGGAAGGAGGCGAAGGUGGAGCUGACUUUGAAAAGAUGAUGGAGAGCAUGAUGGCGGAGCUUAUGAGUAAGGAUGUCUUGUACGAGCCGCUGAAAGAGCUGAGGGAUAAGGUGAGUGCAAGGCGCUUCGCAUUCUUCCGGCCGCACGAUGGCGCACACGCUCAACCCUCACUCCACUUCGCUUUGCUCUUGUCUCUAUGUUGGCCGGUCCGGUAGUAUCCCGAAUACCUCAACUCGCCUGCAGCUGCCAGUAUCUCUGCCUCAGACAGAUCACGCUACCAGGCUCAAGCCAGAAUAGUCUCGCAGGUUGUUAGCACUUUCGAGGAUCCAGCAUAUACAAACGGUACGGAGGAUCAGAAGAAGCAUUUGCGCGCGACUGUCGGCGAAUUGAUGAACGAGGUGAGUGCAGAUGCACCGCAGAUGAGGCUGAAACUCUAGCGAAGCUCGAUCCUCUGACCGUCUCACUUCUCUGCUCCACAGAUGCAGGACAAUGGGUCUCCACCCGACGAGAUUGUCGGUGACAUUCCGCCAGAGUUAGCAAACAUGCCCGGCAUGGGCGGCGGCGACGAGCAGUGCAGCGUCAUGUAA